GUGGUGAUGGUGGCCGUCCCAGCGGUGCUGGGAAUAGCCUCCAUCCGGGUGUACACUGGGAGCGAAGCACCUCCUGGUGGGCUGGUGUCUCGAGAUGGGCUAAACAUCUACACCCCGUCACCAGAGUCUGCUCCGGCUCAGUUUGUUCCCGAGAGUCCGGGAGCCGUCGAGAGAGGCUUAACUACAGCCAGAGAGGGGAUCGCACCGUUAGUCCAGACUGUCAAGGGUGCCUGUGUCUCUGUAAAAAGGGGAAGUGUUAAUCUUUACCAUUCAGGAGAGGAUGCAUAUUAUUAUUUAACAGACCCGCCCCCAGAUUUUCUACCCAGAUUUGGAACCAUCACCAUGGCUGGCCUGCUGGGCAUGUUCUUGGCACGAAGAGGCUCUCUGUUCAAGAGGUUUGUUGUUCCUCUGGGUCUGAUGAGUGUCGGAGCGUCGGUGUGUUACCCAGUUCAAGCUGUGGCUGUGCUUAAGGUGACAGGAAAGAGCAUGUAUGCUGUAGGACAGUGGAGCCGUGCUGCAGCAACGUCUCUGCUCUCCACCAAGGAGUCUGCUGCUAAACACACACAGUCAGCUACAGAUCAGAGUCCAGCCUCUUCGGCUCAGAGCCAAGUGGAGAUCCAGUUGGAACCAGCCGAGUCGGUUCCCGAUGAGCCGGUCGUCUCUGUUACAGCAGAGGAAGAGUCGUCAGGAUCACGAACAGAAACAUCUCCCAUCCAGUUCCUGACAGAGUCUGGCUCCGGUUCUUUGACCCAGUGGUUCCCGGUCCAAGCAGAGACCCCUUCUUUACCUGAGGAGGGGGUUACUGUUGGAAAUGAUGAGGGUUCAGAUAGAAAACAAGCAGCAGACGAUGUUUCAGACACGAGACCAGCUGACCCAACGUCAGAUGUAGAAGUGGAGACGGUUCCAGAAGCAGUUGUUGAAGCAGCUGAUUGUGACCCUGCUGCUGAACCUGAGUUAGUUCCUGWUGUGGAGGCCACACCAACUCCUCCUCCUCCUCCUCAACAGCCCUCUACAGAAAACAUCAAAGAGGGCUCUGGUUUCAAGGCGGACCCCGCUCUCAUGGACUUUGGCCAGUCCAGUCCCGAGGAUGAAGACCUGUACAGCACUCGCAGCUAAGCCACGGCCGCCAGUCGCAGGAGAAAACCUCAUUCCCCACCCUGCCACCUCAAAUCUCAUCACUCGGAGAAACACUGCAGCAUUAUGCAAACAAGCAGCCUCAGAAAUGCUUUAAUCAAUGUUUCCUUUCUCAUUCCGUCUGCCCACAUCGCUUACAUUUCCACAGAAAACAUCCACGUACAUUUGCAUUGUAACCGCAGUACAAUGAACUCCAGUACGCAUAAAUGGAUCUGUUUGUAUAAAAAUUAAAACCUGGGAAAAAGAGACGAAAAAAAAAAAAACCACCCACAGAUAAGUUUCAAUUAGAAAUGGCAGAUUGUGGAAAAAGUUUCUGUUUGUGUGAAAUGAUGAGUUUCUGUGCUUGAAUGUUCUGCAGCACAGAUUGGUCUGUUCUGUUAUUUAUUGUAAUCUAGCCCAGUUUGUAGGAAAACUACAGUAAAGUUUCCACCACCUGAAAUGUUUUAUGCUUUUUUUUGCUGCCAUGAAUCAGUCAUGGUGAAUAUAAACUGACCUUUAAAAUAAAAAAAAAUCUUCAAUGUCAAAGUAAAAUCUAAUUUCUAGAGUACAUAAUAAAUAAAUAUUCACCAUCUUUAAAGUGACUCGUUAUUCGACUCUUAAGAAAGGUGACUGAAAUGUACAAGACAGCCAUUGGAUACAAAAGGAUUUCUAAGGCUGUAUUCAUCCCCAGGAGUUCUUUUGAGUCCAUCUUCAAGAAACUGAAGGAAUGUGGGGCGUGUAAAUCUACCAAGAGCAAGCUGUUAAACUGAGUGCCUGCAACCUGUCAGCUCUGUGACGGAGUUAAAAGCUGCAGCAGGUGAGAUGGGAGAAACUGUUACACAGACUAGAAAAAUGUUUAGUCUCUAGUCCAGAUUUACCACAAGUUUUCUUCAACUCUCUUUUUGAUCCUCGGCCAUAAACACUAGUCACUUACACCUUUUAUUUCACGAUGGCUUCAACAAUACUUCAGGGGAUGUUUAGAGCCUUGGAAAUCCSUUUGURWMCCACCACUGACGUGUACAUUUCCAUAAUCUUUUCUCUGAGUUGAAUCAGAACAGUCACAUUAAAAGGGGGUAAKAUUUAUGCAAUUACUUAUUUUGCAUAAUUUACAGCUUUUAUGCAGACAUUUUAUUUCACUCUGGUGUUGAAUGUCUUUUUUUAUGUUUUUUUUGAAAGACAGUUUAUAUUGAGCAUGGCUGAUCCAUGACAGUAAAAGCAGAAAAGAGCCAUGAGGUUGAAUACUUUUUACAGGCACUGUGCUGCACAUGUGUUGAUGACUAUAAGAUGGACUUGUGACACUUCAUAUUGUUCUAUCAGUGUCUUCAUGUUAAGGAACUCAAAUUAAAGAUAUAUUUUUUCUUGAA